UUUGUCAUAAUUUCUGGAAAAUUCUACGGGUGUAUAGGGGUGAUUGGUACCAGUGGUAAAAAAAAUGGUUGGCGUUGCAUGAGACUUUGCAACGAUAAAAGUCGGCGUUUGAAGCUAGUUUGAAGGAGAGUCGGCGAGUAAAACCGUUGCCGCUGUUAUUAUUUUGAUAAAAAACCCUCGAAGAAGACCAUCACGACACUCCAAGAUAGCAAUCAAUGAUCCCUGGUAAUUAGGGAGUCUGAAAAAUGUUCAAUUCGAAGAUUUCGGUGGACCGUCACGUCCAGGAACUCUUCCGGAAGGUGACGGACGAAAAAGAGCGAAAUCUUCGAUGCUACAACAUAGCAAAACUAUAUUAUCAAGUUGGAGACUACGAAUCAGCCAGAAGAUAUGUCUCCAGUUACCUAGAGGUGAAGAGUGAGUCAAGUGGAGCUCACAAACUGCUGGGUCAGAUCUACCAAGCUCAGGGCCAGAAGGAGGCAGCCCUCGCUCAAUUUAAACAGUCGCUUGAGCUGGAGUCUCGUCAGGACGAUCUUGUCCUAAAGGUAUGUGAAUUAUUAGCAGACAUGGAGAUCGGUCUGGACGUGAACAGGAUAAAAUACUGGGUAGACAGGGCGAGUGAGAAAUUCGCCCACAACCCAGUGGUUUUCCAACUCAAAGAGAAGAUGCUGAUGGCAGACCGUCCCAAUGGUACAGACGAUGACCUCGAAUCCCUGAUAGCCUCGGAACUAUCAGCACGGCCAUCGGACGUGAAUCUGCGAGUGAAAUUGUUGCAGCAUUAUCUUUCGAAAAAUCGGCUGGACGAUGCUUACAGGCACGCCCUGGAGGUAGAAUCCACCCACGUCCACCGAGACAGUUUCAUUUGGUACGAGACCCUCUGCACAGUGUUCACUCGUUUCAAGGAGCAACGACAGCCAAAAUCUUCCUUCUGGAUCCCCUACAUCUCAUCGUUGGAGCGUUAUGCAGCCCUAGCCCUUAGAGAGCACGGGCCAACUGUGAAGACAAUCCAGGAGGCUGCCACAGCAGUCUUCAACAUGGAUCAGGCCCUUACCCUUGCCAAACUUCAGAACUUCCAGACGAGUGCCUCCUUCAUCGACCAGAUGUUCACCCACAUGUUUGGACAGUUGAAUUAUCACCUGGCAUGCCUCCUCAUUCGCAGGACAAAGCGAGAACAGGGCAGCUGGAAUGAAACGGGUCGCCUGUGCAGUCCCCUGUUGCUGACCUCGAUCCACUCGCCUCCUCUGGAUCCCACGGGACCCUCCAUAAUCUCCCUGAAGGAGUCCAGCAAGUCCCUUGCAAUAAUCUGGCAUCGGGAGGGCGGCUAUCGAGUCUCCCAAGCCUCCCACGUCCUCCAGGACUACUCCAGAGAGGAUUCCAAGCAUCUCCUGGAAAAAGUCGACAAGUUCUGCAUUGGCGCCUGGAGGGAACGCAUCUAUCAACGUAUCUUCACCUCCAAAUCCCACAUCGCCAUGAUGUCUACGUCGUAUUUUGCCAAUAACAACUCCUCAUCGCCCCCCUUGAGGCUCCUACCCUCGUCAGAUGUCAGAAAAUGGGAUGAAGUGUCUGAAGGGGUGAAUCCCUCCUCCUUGCAUCAUCACGUGUGGCUGGGGCUCGCGAACAAGCCACACUCACGUCGAAAUACUGAGCCAACCGUACCCUAUCCCAAUCAAACCUGUCACAUCUUCCCAGAUCUUCAAUUGUCAGCUUAUAAUCUUAGCCAGGCAGCUCCAGACAGUCUGGGGCGUCUUGAUAUUGAUGCCUUCCUCAAUGCCACUAUCCUUUGCUCGUCGAUAAUCGUACAGGAGCAGCAGAAGAGUGGAUUUCUCAACAGAGAUCGUAUGCCAACAUUACCAGCAGACACAACCAAUUUGUUGUGCACUGGUAAUCAGGAGAAGUGGUGGACCUCAGCUUACAGGAUGUAUAAAAAGGUUGACAGUGCAACUGGAGAUCUCAUGGAGCUUCGUCAGGAGAUUCAGAGGGGUUUGGAGGUGAUCAGGUGCAUUGGAAAUCAUGGACUACACGUCAACAUUAUCAUUCAUCUGGCAAGAAUGUUUCAUCAUCGAGGAAAGGAGCUACAGACCAAGGACAAGUCCCAUCCUGAUAUUCCAAUGCUUGAGGCCAGGUGUGAACUGUACUGGGAGACAGCAGUGCCCCUCGUCGAGCGACUCAUUAAUAACCAGACGAUAAGAUCGACUAGUUCGAAGAUAUUCGAUUACCAGGGGAAGGAGAUGAGUAAUCUGGAGUUGAGUAAUGCUCUUGAGGAAGGAAGGCUAGUACUGGCGAGGAGACUGCUACGAGGAAAGCAGCAUGAACAAGCAAUUGAUGCACUGCAGAGUCUCAAGUGUCCAGAGGCAUCUUAUUUACAGGCUGAAAUCUACAAGACACUUGCUGAUGAGGUCAUUGGGUCUUUACCCCAGGAGAGCUUGACCUCAGCCAUUAGAUGCCAGCACGUGGUGCUCUUGGCAAAAGCCAGAGACUGCUACUACCUCACUCUCGAUAGACUGAGAUCCCCAGGUGUCAAUCCCCAUCAUCCCCUCAAUUCAGAGCUUGGGAGUAAGAUAUCGAGUAUUGAGAAUGAUCUCAAGAGGAUCGAUCCAGAUCUUCAUAGAAAUGAAUUAAAUAGAAACGAUUGUGAUCAGCUGUCAGAGGACAGUUACUCAUCAGCUCAGAGUGGUGCUGAUCAGCCCAUCAUCAAUUCACUGAGCCAUGGGGUAACCAUCAACACACCCCAGAGGCAAAGCCACAGGACUCCUAAGCAGUCCAGUACACCGAGACAUCACGACAUCCUCGAGCACUCUCGCAGCAGAAUUCAGAUGGAGGCACGUCCCAGUCCUGAGAGACUCGAUGCACAGAUCAGGCAGCUUGUCUACGCCAAGGAUCACGUGUCUCAGACAAUUAUCGAGCAGAAUAAGUCACUACUGGAGACUGUCAAGAGUCUAGUGGACUCAAAUAAACUCCUCAAGGAGAUGGUCGAGGACCUGAAGAAAGACUUCGCGGAUUUUCGUAAGGAGAGCCAGAACAGUAAUCAAAAACGCACCAAUAGAUCGACAAACGUCGAGGAUGAUUAUUACCCUAUUGAGGACGACUACUCAGAGAUGAAUUAUACCCAGCCUGUGGGAGGCCUUCCAGCAACUGGUCCAGUCCCUCCAAUGACUCCUCAUCAGAUCCCAGGGAAUCUUUUUGCUAAUCAGAGGCAUUACUCACCAUUGGUGUACCCUACCCCGGGAUUACCAGGAUAUUAUCAAGGGGGAUUGCCAUUCAAUGACCAGAGCCAUCACAUCCCAAGUCUCUAUCCACCUAGUGUCUAUCCAAUGGGUUCGUAUCCUCGACCUCCAGUCGAUCAAAGUCUUGGGAUGCAGCCUGGAAUGUUCCAGCAGGGACUCUUCCCCAACAGACUCAUGGAUAUUGUCUCACCUCAGACUGUUCAAGGGACACCUCUCACCAUGCAGAUGCAGAGUCUGGAUUUAUCGAGGGGUGAGCCAGUCCAACCUGUCCAGCCAGCUCAACCAAUUCCAUCAAUCCAGUCUGUACAAUCUGUACAACCUGUUCAGCCAAUCCAACCAAUCCAGCCAAACCAGCCAAUCCAGCCAAUCCAGUCAAUCCAGCCAAACCAGCCAAUCCAGCCAAUGCAAUCAGUCCAGCCAUCACAGACCCCUCUGUUCCCUGUAAUAAAGGACGCACCAGUGAACAAAGCACCACCAACGAAUGUCGUAAUAACGACAUCAGACACGCUUCCCACGACUGUCCCAUCAGUUCAGCCAAUUUUGAGCGUAAAUAUUCCCCCACAGCACAGAAAUGUUGGCAACUCUGGCACUACCAGCAUCACAACUCUCUCCAGUGGAUCCCAUCAAUCUAUCAAUGCACCCCACAACUACCAGAUCUCGAUGCCAUCACACGCCAACAUUCCAACGACUGUCAAUCUUCCACCCCUGGCAGCAUCAGUCACCAAUACCAUAGCAGCUGUUUGCAUGCAGGAGAAGUCCAAGAACACCAGUAUAUUAUCAACUGGCUCUCACAAUUCGUCAAUCGAGGCUGUGGAAGUUGAGCACGAUCCAAUACCUGAUUUCCAACCAGUUAUUCCCCUUCCUGCUGAGGUCAAAGUCACCACUGGUGAAGAGAAUGAGGAUUGUCUCUUCGUGGCACGUGCCAAAUUAUUCAGAUUCGCAGACAAGGAGUGGAAGGAACGAGGUGUUGGCAAUAUCAAACUCCUGAAAAACAAGGAGGGAAAAGUCCGGCUGCUGAUGAGGCGGGAUCAGGUGCUCAAGAUAUGUGCCAAUCACAUGCUGACAGUUGAGAUGGAGCUCUCCCCGAUGCCGAACAACGAUAAAGCAUGGAUAUGGGUGGCUAAUGAUUUUGCUGAUGAAGAGGUCAGACUCGAGAAGCUCUGCAUUAAAUUUAAAACAACUGACGAUGCACAGGACUUCAAGAAGAGCUUCGACGAGGCCAAGACCAGCAUCGUGGCUUCUCCAGUGAAGCCACCAGCUUCAGCACCAGAAACAAGGAGCAAUAUUGUCAAUAAAAUUUCUCCAGUGGUCGUCGGAGGAUUCUCCUUCACGAAGUCUCCAGUUAUUCAGCAGCCAGCACCUGAGGAAGUCAAGAGCACCAAGCAGAGUGAACAGGGAACGAAACCUUCUCCAUUCGCUGGUUUUUCAUUCACGAAUACAACAACUGGUUUCUCCUUCGGGAAGACUUCUGCUGAAGUUAAACCAUCACCCUUUGUGACAAGUUCAGUGACACCUCCUCAGACUGGAGCAAUGAAGCCUGUGGAGACGUCAGAAAUCUCUGGCCAGAUCAAUGACGACAACGAGGCUCUCCUCUUCGAGAAAUCAGCAGUUCUUCUACGAAUCGCUGGAGAGGGCCAGUGGAAAGAGCGAGGAACAGGUUCAGUGCAGCUCCUCGUGGACCCCAAGACUGGGAGACUGAGAAUUCUCAUGAGAAAGUUUGACAACUCUAAAGUCUGUUGUAAUCAAUCAAUCUCAUCUAAUCUCUGUUUCAACGUCAUGACAGGGAGUCCAAGCACAAUAGUCUGGACCUCCCAGGAGACUUCCAAGACAGGAAAGAUUGAGAACUACGCUCUGUCCUUUCCAGAGGCCAACGACACGUCUCGUUUCAAGGAGAUCAUCAUCAGUGCGCAGAAGGUGAUGGCAGGCAACAGGAUUCCAUUGGAAAACAUCUCCAGGGUCGAUAAAAUCGUGAGGAUUAGUCUGAAAGGAAAAUCCCAGCCAUUCCAGUCAUCAAAAGCAUCCCAACCGUCUUUAUCAGAGAUGUUUAAACCUGCUGCUGGCUCCUGGGAAUGCACCUCCUGCUACACGAGGAACAACUCAAAUGCUCAAACCUGCAUCGCCUGUGCCGCCCCAUCAGGAAAAUCGGAGAAAGCCGUGCCCUCGUCAGUGCCACUGUCCGAAUUAUUUAAGCCAGCCCCAGACUCCUGGGAGUGCCAGAGCUGCUACACGAGGAAUACAAAGUCGAAUCAGUACUGCGUAGCCUGUGAUGCUCCCAACGAUCCAUCAUUGCCACCAAAACCUCAGACAGGUGGCUUUGGAUUGGCCCCCAGUGGUGGGGCACAAAAAUUCUCAUUCGGGGUGCCAUCAGUGAAGGACAAGAAGGAAACAAACGUCACAUCCCCAGCUGCUGGGUUCCAGUUUGGGGCAGGUUAUGGUUUCAAUUUCGGAAUAUCAAAGAGCGAUAACGCGAUACCUGAUGCCAAGACAUUCCCACCGUUUCAGCCGAAUCCCCAGGAAUGUGCCUUCCCUGCUCAGAGCAUCGAGGUAACUCCACCCAAAGGAUCAUUUGCUUUUGGAUCCCCUGGCAAAUCGUUUGACUUCCAAUUCCCAGGAAAAUCACCUGUCAAGUCACCAGGGACUGAUGUCAGUGAGGACGAGGUCCCAGAGAGUGAAGACGUAUACUUUGCACCGGUUAUUCCACUUCCUGAGAAGAUCGACGUGAAAACUGGGGAGGAGAACGAGGAGAUUUUGUACACACAUCGUGCUAAAUUAUUCCGAUUCGAUGGCAAUUCGAAGGAGUGGAAGGAGCGAGGACUGGGAGAGAUCAAACUCCUCAAGCACAAUGAUACGAAUAAAUUGAGACUCGUGAUGAGACGAGAGCAGACACUCAAGUUGUGUCUGAAUCACCUGGUACCGGCUGAUAUGGAGCUGACAGCCAAGGACGAUAAAACUUGGAUAUGGAAUGCUGCUGAUUACAGUGAUAAUGAGAUCGAGUAUGUCCAGCUGGCCUGCAGAUUCAAGACUCCAGAUAUUGCUGAGCAAUUUAAAAUUGCUGUGGAGGAAGCCAUUGCCUGUGAUGCUGGAUCCAAAGAGGAGAUUCAGAGGACCUCCAAGUCGUCCAGUGUUGGCUCAGAACAGGAUAUCCAGGUGGUUUACGAGCUCAAGGUAACUGAUGAGGAGAAGGACGCAGCUCUCAAGCUCAAGUUGCCAGAGAAUUUCUACGCUUAUAAACAAAAGGAGGACUGUCCUGGCUGUCUGGGAUGCCAAGAGCCCGAUAUACCCCUCUUCGAGGGACAGAAACCAGAGGCAUCGAGUGAAGAGAGUGUUAAAAUUGCCCCAGCAACUUCAGUAUUUAUUCUUCCUCCACCAAAAUUCACUCCACCCCAGGUGCGACCCACGACAACACCGAUGGUCUUUGGUGGUGAAGGUCAGGUGUCCUUGUUUAACUCCUCUGCACCCACAGACUUAGGGGAUGAGGAGAAUAAAGGAGAGAAAAAGCCUGAGGAGUUUGUUGUUGAUCAGAAGGCUGAGCAAGAAUCCAUGAAAACCUUGGGGAACGUCAGUAUCUGUAGUCCAGACCCAAAGACUCAGAUAAACUUUGGUAAACCUGUGUUUGGGGGUCAGUCCUUGAUAUUUGGCCAGUCAAUAUCGUCGAAGAGUAUUUUUGGUGGGUAUGAAACGCCCAAAACCACUGGAUUCACCAGCAGCUUAGGUACAUUUGGAAAGCCUGAAGCACCACAGAAUCUAUUUGGAGGUAUUGCCAAGGAAUCACCACCUUCAUUCAGUGCUCUCGCUGAAUCUAACUCCAUUUUUGCGGCCAAUACAUCACCAGCUACCAAUAACACCGGGAAAGUCUUCGAUAAUCCCUUCGGCUCGAAGGUUUCGUUCGACAGUCUUGUAAACUCCAACGCUGCCUCUCCCCCAACGAAUAUCUUUGGGACACCAAGACUUGGGGAAAUACCACCGAAAAAUGAGGAGAAUAUCAGCUUUCUGAAGACGGACAAUUCUGUGACGUUUGAAGCGCUUGCAGGCACUACCACUGAUAAUGCCUUCAAGAAGGAUCCAAAUUUCUCCUUCGCUGGAGUUGGGCAAUCGGUGUUUGGAAGUAAAACUUUGAACUCCAGUGGAGCUGCUGGCAGUGCUACCAGCAGUAUCUCCAGUGUGGAGCAGAAGAAGAAGUCUGAGGAGGAGGACGAGGAACAGACUGGGUGUGAUGGACAGGAGUACGAUCCCCAUUAUGAGCCAAUAAUUCCUCUUCCUGAUGCCAUAGAGGUGAGAACUGGUGAGGAGGAGGAGGAGAAGGUGUUUGGGCACAGGGCAAAGCUGUACAGGUACGAACCAGAGACCAAGGAGUGGAAGGAAAGGGGAAUUGGUGAGAUGAAAGUGCUUCAUCAUGCUGGGCAUGGAACCUACCGACUUCUCCUCAGGAGGGAACUGGUGCACAAAGUUGUCUGCAAUAUACUGAUAACUCAAGAUUUGGAGAUGAGAGUAUUGCAUUCAUCGACUCGUGCCUGGAUGUGGGCUGGCAUGAAUUUUGCUGAGGAGUCACCUACUGUGGAGGAGCUUGCUGUUAAAUUCAAGAAUCAAGAGCUCGCUGAACAGUUCAAGGAGGCAGUAGAGAGGGCUAAGGAGGACAUCAGAACUAGAGGGGCUCAUCCACAGGUUGAGGAGGAAGAGGAGGGAGAGGAUGACGAGGAGAUUCACUCGUUGAUGUAUGAGAAUGAGGCGACUCUGUUAUACUUGGGGGAGGAUAACUCUGGCUGGAAGAGCAUUGGAUCUGGACAGGUCAGGAUGAUUUAUGAUUCUGAUAUCUUUGGAGCGAGGAUUAUCUUCGAGACUAUGCCUGGACAAGUGGUCUGCAGUACUCUCAUCAGCAUGGAGACUGAGGUUGAGGUACAGGGGGACAGCUGCACAUGGACUGCCAUUGAUGAUGUAUUCGAGCCACCCACCAGCAGAUCUUACAGACUCAAGUUCGCCAGCGAGGACGAGGUUCAGGACUUCUUGGUGAACUUCAGGGAUGGACAGGAGUGCGCCAGGCAGGCUGGCAUCAGUGAAUUAACGUACUACGAGGAGAACCAGGAGAAUGAUGAGGAGGAGUGAGUGUGUAGAUCACUCUUAGCAACUUAUUCGAGGAUUCAUCAGGAAUUUUUAGGUCCAGAAUUGAAGAAGAAUUUAUUUUUAUUGAUUUUGUAUUUUCAAUUGACGUCAGAUUAUUUAUUCGGUAAUUCGUCGGCGGAUUGCAAGCCGAAUAUUUGAAAAUAAUACGAAGAAUUGAGAUUUGGAAACCUAGGUGAAUAUUUAGGAGAUGUAACAGAUGAAAUAAAGAAUUAUGAGUCAGUGAAA